UCGUGUGCGUGUCAGAACUGCACAGUCAGCUCGCUGGUAGCGUGCUGGUUAUCGCAAAGGACAAAGCUGUUGAAAUUUCCUGACUAUGAGCUCGGCAGCAAUACAUGUCUUUGAAUCCUGAAUCAAAGCUGUCUGGUCUAGGCUACGACUAGUUGCCGUUGCCAUCCCUCCUCCCGCCCCUCCCCCUUGCCCCUACCCCUUCCCGAGCUCUUCAACUCUCCCACCGCGCAUCGCCUCAUCACGUAGGGACACGCUAGCCAACAGUAGGAGCAUAUUGUGAAUCAGCCCACGGAGCCCACGGUUCUCCGGUCAUUCAUGCGUUUCUCUACCUGUGUGCCAAUGACGACAGGUCUCUUGGCUGUUUGGGUCUGCCUAUCCAUCUCCUUGACACGUAUUUCGGUCGCUUCAGGGGCUCUAGGCUUGAAGACGAAAUUAGUAGCAAAGUACUACGGCAUCAAAAACUGUAAGGACAAAGAGAGCCUGUAUCGCCUUUUAAACGUUUCCUAUGAACUGCAUGACGACGGGGGGACCCUGGUCGAUGCCACUUUGGAUUUCUCAGCACCCGUCUCAAGUUUUAAAACGAUCGUUGUCAAUAUUAACCGUUGUACUGGUGGCGUGGCUUCCAACCUGUGCGAGUACUAUGCACGUUGGACCUGGUCCACCGCCAUAUGCAGUUUGCUUCUCACCAAGAACAUGAUUUGGACGCCAUGGGUCGAGUGCAUUAAGCCUAGCUUUAAGUGUCCAGUACCUGGCACCCUUCACGAUUGCACCAAUUGUUCAUUGGAUUUGAGACUCGCAGACUCAAUGGGUCUAGGUUUCAUCGACAAGUUCAUCUGGGACACCGAAAUCCAGCUGUGGAGCGGCAGGAAUGAACUCGCCCUCUGUAUGAAUAUGUUUAUUGAGCCACAACGGGUUCCCGUUCAUAAAACUGGAAGUAAAACAUAAACGAGAGCUGCAAGUUUUACCACAUACCGCGUAACGGCCUUUGCAAUAUCUCUCGAAACAUUGCUACGUGGUAUGUGUUUUUGAGAGGGGAAAUAUUAUGUUACAGGUGGGCUUACUAGCGCUGGAAUUCAGGGUUUUGGGACAGUGUAAAAAAUGUUGGGAAUACUGCCACACGCAUGUAUAGGAAAUAUCCUAUAUAUCGUAUAGGAAGUGAAAACUCCUAUUAAUUUAUAGGAAAUUUCCUAUGUGGAGAGAUGUGUAUGGGAAAAGUACGAAGUGUCUAGAAAAAUCACCAGAACUGUGUGGGGAAAUUCCGAUACCUGUCUGGUAGGCAUAUUUUCCUUUACAUGUGUAGGAAAUUUACUAGAUGAUGACAAUUUUCCUAUACUAUGUUCAGUUUUUUUUUAAUUGGGUAAGGAUAUGCACAUCUUCAGAGAAAAGGGCGGGAAAGAGGUUAAAAAACAUUUUAGCCAUAUUGCAUGACCGAUGUCUAGGAAAAUUCCUAUACAUGUAUAUGUAAAAAGCUGCAGACACAUUUAUAGGAAAUCUACCAUAAAUUUUUUUUAUAGUUAAAUCAAAGACUGGCUCUGUAGGGUACCAUCAUAAAACCAGAACCAAUGGAUAAUAAAGUAUCACAAAUAAUCAAAUAAAGAAUUUCGUUAAAUUUGCAACAGAAGCAAUUUUUGGAGUAGUGGCUAACAAGAAGCCAUUUUUAAAACGGUUUUAUUUACAGCUCUAGGAGUUAAGAGCAUGGCGCAAUCAGGAGUAAAUCUGUAAUAAUCCGUCACACAACCAGCACAUGAAUUAUGUUGGCCAGCCCAACAUUUGUAGGCCCGCCUUCCCGCCAAACGAAGUUGCGAGCUUGACUUCGCCAAAGGCAACUCCGUAGCGCAGAUACCGGGCCUAGCAGAGCCCUGUGUCGGGCGAGCCUCUGGCCGGCUAGAGGCUCAUUUAUGAAAUGUGGUGUGAGGUAGGGUAGGUAGAUAUCGCCAAAGCCUCUCGAGCCGGGAGUACCGACGGUCUCCCGGCCGCUCCCGUCUCUCUCGCACUCGCCGGUGCCUGAUGCGUUAGAGCGUCUCACUUUUCACUACGGUUUCGAAAAUAAUU